AUGAUGCGUGGCAUCGAUUUGUCACUCACGAUGUGGCAUAUGCGUCCCAGGACACACCGCCGUGGAGAAUUCGAAACCUCGGGUCGCUACAGCUGUGACAUCACUGACCUGGGCUUCAUGGGCGAGUCCAUAGACACCAUGGCUGCGGCAAUCGGGGCUUCCUUGCGGGACUGCGGCUAUGGAUUCAGCACAGUGCAGAGGAAAUCUGGCUGGCUCGGUUUUGGCCGGCGCUACUUUCUGCCAUGA